AUGCUGAGAGCGCUCAGAAAGUCUACGACACAUCGAUAUGGCAGACCUGGAUCGUCUUUAUCGAUAACAUGUCGAGGUAAGAAAAGGGGUGAGGAGCUUUUCGCUUACACCAAUGGCCAUUUCCUUACCAAUGAAGAACACCAGCUAAGCAGAAGAUAUGUCCGAUUCGAUGUGGAUGAGCUUUGCAAUACUACUGCAGCAGUCGGCGGAAAUUCCAGUCAGGUCACAGCUAUUGACAAAAUGGAAGGAGGUUUCAGCAAGGUUUUCUUGAUGAAAAAAGAAAAUGGAUCCGAAGUGAUAGCAAAAAUUCCAUGCCACAUUGCUGGCCCGCCUACCUUAACGACAGCUGGUGAAGUCGGCGCUCUCGAAUACAUCAGAAAACACACUAGCAUUCCUGUCCCUCGUUCUUCGAACAACUCGAAUGCUGUCGGCGCAGAAUAUAUCAUCAUGGAGAAAGCCGCCAGUGUUCCACUAUAUCAAGUUUGGGGUGCCAUGGCCGAAUUUGAUCAACUGCAGUUAAUCAGAAACCUGACCCAGAUCGAGGCUCAACUAUCAGCUAUUCAUUUCCCUGCUUAUGGAGGACUGUAUCUUCGAACGGAUAUAGAGCAACCAAACAAGCCCCUUAAUGAUGAUCCAUCUUUCUGUAUUGGACCUUCUUGUGACCGAGGAUAUAAUCCUGAUCCUAGUCUGGAUUUUGAUAAAGGACCUUGGUAUUCAAUUUCAACCCUUGGGGUCUCUCUUGCAAAGCGCGAGUUGCUACGAAUAUCAAAGAACGGCCAGCAAGAUCAAGCACUCCAGCAAAAUCAAGCAGUCUUUUAUAAAGGAGAUAUCAAAGAACAAACCGAAAUCUUACAAGCAACAGAGAGUGUUAUGGAACUAUUAGACUCGAACGAAAUUUUAAACGGGGAAGCUUCCCAGCCUACUCUAUGGCAUACCGAUCUUCAUAUGGGAAACAUUUUCGUCGCCCCUAACGAGUUAUCCCUUAUCGACCUCCAGUCGAUCUCCGUUCUCCCUGCAUUUCUCCAGGCCCAAUGGCCAGUCUUUCUCAAACCCCCGCAGAACUACGAUUACGAGAUGGGCAUAUUUGAGGUGAAACUUCGCGAUGAUUUCGAUACCCUAGAUGAGGAUAGUAAGAUGCUUGCAAUGCGCGAAUGGUCUCAAGUAAAGCUAGCAAAGGCUUAUGAGAUCUCAACCUUACUUGAGGACAAACCAGCGCAUAAGGCCAUGAACGUACCCCGUGUCUUCCGAGAGUUAUUCCUUCGAUGCGGGGAAGUCUCCGAAAUUGGCGUUCUCCCGCUUCGUGCGUGCUUGAUAGAACUCUUUCAGAAUUGGUCGGACCUUGGAUUUUCUGGAGAAUGCCCUUUAUCCUUUACGCAGGAGCAGAUCGAUAAGCACGAACACCAAUUCUCUGAGUAUCAAGCUUGGUAUAAGAUUCAGGCUCUUGCGCAAGAAUGCCUUGACACUGACGCGGAAGGAUGGGUCGCACCAGGAUUGGAUGUGAAUGAGAAGAGGACGCAGAAUGAGGAAUUGUUGACUAUGUACAUUGAAAGCGUUGGUGGGGAGAAAUCCGCAGACGAGGCGAGAGCCACAUGGCCUUUCCCGAUUAAGGCAGGAGUAUGA